AGGCUACAUCAUCCCGUCGCUCGUUUGUAAAUUCCGUGCAUGGCAUACGCACAAUCAAACCGUAAAAAACAAAUUCUCGGGGUGUCGUUGGCCAGGUCCUCUACAGUAUCCAAAUCAGGAAGUGACGUAACCGCAGAGGUCACCAUACACCGGGCUUACGAAAAAUAAGCCAUGCCAUUGGACGCGUAUUUUUUGAUUGACGUUGAGGUCAACAGAGGUCAUGUUUAAAUCUGCUUGACAACGGUACGCGUCAAGAUGUCCGCAGUGUCAGAAAAGGGAUCAGAAGAAUUGAGCGUACUUCCUCCUACAUCAUGGAUUAUAGCUAACUACCGCCAUAGACCACUUAUGCAGCCCAUGAAGUUGUGUAGUAUUUAUAAAUCUUAUGAGCAAGCUGCUAACCAACAUGGAGCAAAUGCUGUAGGUUAUUUAACAUUUGGUAAAAUUUUAAAUAGAGCAUUAGGACUGCCAAAGUGGGUCAGACUCACUGAAAAUGGUACGAAAUACAGUAGCAUCCGAGGGCUGGAAAAAAUUCCUGAUUCUGAAAAAAGUAAUAAAAUUCUGGACUUUCCAAGUGGCAUAACUCAUGCCCUUACAGAAGCAGGUUUCACUAUCUACAUGUCUGACCAAUACCAGGUUGUUUCAAUGAAAAAUACAGAAUCCAUGUCGGGGGGCACCCGGGUGGUGAAGAAGUUGACCAUAAAUAGCAGUGGGACAGGAAAGCUCAGAUUCUCUCACCUGAGCCAUGAUGUGCCCCUUGAGAAAGUUGGUGUUGAGCCAUUGAACAGCUUGGCUGCACAUAAGGUGCAUACUUUCAUAAACAGUAUUAACAGUUUGAUUCUCUGCACGAGCAGCGAAAAAGAGAGAUCUGAAAUGUGUUGGGGUGUAUCCCCAUUCAAUGCCAGUUCAAGCAAGUGUACCAGCUGUUUGCGGUGCAUACGUCGUAGCCUCAAGAAUCAUAUAGACCAAACAAUAGAGGUCAGUGAAGCUGACGACAGAGACCUUCAAGCUAUAAUCAAAGAACUCCACCCCACUCUUGCAGACAACGAGAAUUUCUGUGAGUUAAUUAACUCUCAGGUAGCUAAUGUUGGUGAGACUGACAAGAGACGACAUCGUUGGGACCCUAGUUCAUUCUAACUUUGUUUCCAUUUAACAUGAAGCAACUGGAGAAACAGAUUCCAGACCGAAUAAUACGCCUCUGUUUGUCCCUAUGGGCGAGAAGUCCAAAAGCAUAUGACACUCUCAAGGAUAGUGGGUUUCUCAUCCUUCCAUCCACAAGAUUAUUACAAAUGUACAAAAACAGUAUACCUCAGACUUCUGGGUUUCAAGAUGCUCAAUUUAGAUGGCUACACCUUGAAGCACAGCGCUUGAAUGUGCCAAGUCAUGGACGCAGAGGAGGCAUAAUAUUUGACGAAAUGUCAAUACAGGAGGACUUGCAGAUGAACAGGGAGAAUGAUGUGCAUACAUCGGUUGGAUUUGUUUCCAUCAGUAAUGAAAGUGAUUACAUGCAGAAACUGAUUCAUGAAAAAAAAGAAAUCAAGCUGGCAGACCAUGCCCUCCAGAUGAUUUUUCUGGGGGACACUGGUUUCAAAUUCCCUAUUGCACAUUUCUCAACAAUAAAUGCUGCUACAGCCCCAGAACUUUACACUGUAUUUUGGAGGGCAGUGUCACAUUUGUAUUGCUGGGACUUUAUAGUAGAUUAUGCAUGCUUUGAUGGAGCUGCUAACAACAGGUCUUUUCUGGAGAUGCAUUUUGAUGGGAAAAGUGCAAAGGAAAGGCAAUAUAGAGCUAAAGACCCUUAUGAUGGUAAUCACGAAGUGGUUUUCAUCAUGGACAGCAAGCACAGUGUGAAGAAAAUACGUAAUAAUUUGCUGAAGAGCAAAAGUACCGCUGGUAAAGGAGGUAAACUAUUGUUACAUAAUGGCCACCCCAUCCUGUGGGACCAUUUUGUAAAAGCAUAUGAGUGGGAUUUACAAGUAAACUCUAUGCGCAUUCAUCACAGAUUGACACAGGAACAUAUUUAUCCUGACCAAGCAGCGAAGAUGCGGAACAAACUAGCAGCUGAAGUUUUGAAUGAUGACAUGUUGCACUUGAUGCAGGCAUACUCAAAGGUUGUCCCAACAGAUUUAAGAGGCACAAUUGCUUUACUUGAACAGACGAGUAAAUUUAUCUCAAUCAUACAUGACCUCAGACCAAUAAAGGACAGAGGGGAUGAACGUCUGGCCACAUUAAGAUCUGUAUGGGAUUGGUUCGAGAAAUGGGUGACAAAUACAAACGACCAGAAGCACCUCUUCUCCCAUCAAACUAGGGAUGAUUUGUCAUCAUCUAUUUUAGGAUUUAUUUCUUAUGUUGACAACAAAUUGCUGAGAUUCCCUUCCACUUAUGUUGUUCCAGCCCGAUUGAACUCUGACCUGGUAGAAAAUUUCUUUUCUUCACAAAGGGCUAUGUGCAAUGGGGCCAAUGCCAAUCCGACCUAUUUGCAGUACUGCAAGGCUGUGAAUACCAUCAUUAUUAAUCAGGGGGCUCAGUCAAAAAAGUGUAACGUCCAGUCUUGUUCAAAAGCUGGCUACUCUGCACUUCCAUAUAAGAUGCAUGUGAAACAGCCAUUCCGUGCAAAAAGGCCUAGACUUCUGUAAAUGGAUGUUCACUUGAUUU